AUGGGUGAAGAAACUAAGCCGGAAGAAGCUAAGGUACAGGAAGUUAAGCCAGAAGAGAAGGUAGGGGAGAAAGCAGAAGAUAAGAAAGAAGAGAAGGCAGAGGAGGAGAAGAAAGAAAAGCCAAAACCACCAGCUCCUUUUGUUCUGUACGUGGACUUGCAUUGUGUUGGCUGUGCAAAGAAAAUUGAGAGGUCUAUCAUGAAAAUUAGAGGAGUGGAAGGGGUUGCGAUAGACAUGGCUAAAAAUGAAGUGACUAUAAAGGGAAUAGUGGAGCCUCAAGCAGUGUGCAACAAAAUCAUGAAAAGAACCAAGAGAAAGGCUAAAGUCUUGUCCCCAUUACCAGCUGCUGAGGGUGAACCUAUUCCAGAAGUUGUUGCUUCUCAGGUCACUGGACUAACAACUGUGGAACUCGAAGUUAACAUGCAUUGUGAAGCCUGUGCAGAACAACUUAAGAAAAAGAUACUCAAAAUGAGAGGGGUUCAAAAUGCUGUGACUGAUCAUAAUAGCGGGAAGGUGACCGUGACGGGGACAAUGGACGGCGACAAGCUAGUAGACUACGUUUACAGAAGAACCAGAAAACAAGCCAAAAUCGUACCACAACCGGAGCCUGAACCCGAGAAGAAAGAAGAACCUGCAGCGGAGAAGCCAACCGAAGAAGCAACGCCAGAAGAGAUGAAGGAAGAGAAUAAGGAGAAGAAAGAGGAUGAAAAGCCGGCAGAAGAGGGGAAGAAAGAAGAAGAAGGUGGCGGUGGAGAAAGUAAUAAGGAAGGUGAGGAAAAGAAAGAGGAGGAGGCCAAGAAGGAAGAGCAUAACGACGUCGUUAAUGGCAUACCGGAGGAGGAAUUGAAGAGGAUGAUGCAGCACUAUUAUCAGCCACUUUACGUGUUCGAGAGAAUCCCGCCGCCGCAGCUCUUCAGUGAUGAGAAUCCAAAUGCAUGUUGCAUUUCAUAACUUCCAUGCAAAACAUUCAUUUCAUGAUGGGAAUCGUUUCAAUACAAAUUAAAAGCUGUUAUGUUAGUUAACUAAAAUCAUAUACAUGUACGUCUAAAAUGCAUGUAAGUUA